UAAAUGAUCAUUCUACUAACCUUAGGACGUUGAUUAAAAUAAAAUUCAAAUUCAACCGUUUCAAAUUUCAGCCAUAACUUUUAAAUUGGAAUUCAAAUAAUACAGCGAAACUGGUUAACAACGUGGAUAACGAACCAUCAUCAUCAUUGGCGGCAGAAGUAACACCACCAACAUCAGCCUCAGUUAAAAAGCAGAAAGAGAAGAUGGUCUUCUGUGACGUAUUCAAGCCUGCAUUUCCAGUCCACCGUCUAGAAAAGUUGGGCCACAUCAAAAACAUCUACGUCAAAUACUUUCUAGCUGAGUUUCUGGGGACAUGUCUCUUGAUGCUUGGUGGGUGCAGCUCGUCGGCCCAAUUUGUUCUAUCGAAAGGAACGUCAAGUUCGGACGGGCCGGUGUGGGGGUGGGGACUGUCCGUCGCCAUGGCAUGUUACGCUACCAUGGGGGUAUCAGGGGCCCACAUCAAUCCCGCCGUGUCCUUUGCAUUUAUGUCUGUUGGGAGGUUGUCCCUUCUAGGCAUGCUGAUGUUCUGGCUGGCUCAGUACUUAGGAGCCUUUGUAGGUGCUCUAUUGGCGUAUGCCCUUCAUUAUGAGGCCAUAAAUUUGUACGAUGGGGGCAAAAGAGCUAUAACGGGGCAGAAUGCGACGGCCCAAAUAUUUGCAACCUACCCACAGCCUGGUCUGGGUGUAUACACUAGUGUCAUCGAUCAAAUUAUAGGCACGAUGGUUCUACUGAUAUUCGUUAUGGCCAUUUCAGAUAAAAGAAAUUCAAACAUUCCUCAAGGUUUGAAACCGCUGGUUGUCGGCGCGUUGGUUGUCUUCGUGAAUUAUUCCUUCGUGUACAACUGCAUGGGAGCUAUUAACCCGGCCCGAGAUAUGGGACCGAGAAUGAUGACGCUUGUCGUUGGAUACGGAGUUGAAGUUUUCACGAUCUACGAUUAUUUUUUCUGGGUGCCUCUUGUUAUGCCACACGUUGGGGCCUUCCUCGGUGCUCAUAUUUAUCAAUUGUUCAUUGGCUGGCAUCACGCUGACGAUGAUGAUGAUGACAUCACGAUCACGAAUAACGAUUUGAAAUCUUUUCCGCCGGAGAAAUUAUAAAAUUCAAGUGAUUUUUUAAGAAAUUGUGUGAAAAGUUUAUUUAAAAAAUUUUUUUACGCAGUUUAAAUAUAUUAAUUUAUUAUUCAAUGUUUAUAUUACUUUUGGAUUGAAAUUGAAAUUUUCUUAUUUAUUUUUUCAUUAAAAAAUGUUGACUUGAAAAACUCCGACACUCACACACAUACACACACACACACACUACACACACACACACACACACAUAUCAAACUGACGGAACAAUGGCCUGUUCGUUUGUCGAGUUUUUAGCACACCAUGCACAUGCAUAUUUACUAAUAUACUAACAUAUUUCUAAUGUAAUAACCUGCGCCACAGAAAUUUUGAAAAAUAAAAUCAACAAACAAUUGG